CCCGUGAAAUGCCCCUAAACUCCCGAAGAGGAGUGUUGUGUUUCAUUCAUUCGUAGCUCACAGACCGCGCGGCUUUACACGCUUCGGACAUCGUCCCGACCGAUCCUUUAAAAAGGCUGAUAUCGUGUUUGUUUAUCGCCUGACUCUCUUUGCAGCAGUUUCGCAGUGAGGCAGAAUGAGUGACUCUGGCAAGGACACCGUGGCUCCUAAAGAGAAAGACGGAGCGGAGAAGAGAGGACGAGGAAGACCACGGAAACACCCGCAGGUUCAGCAGGAGGCAAGUGGCUCUCCUACACCGAAGAGGCCUAGAGGAAGACCAAAGGGCAGCAAGAACAAGCCCAGCUCCACGGCAUCUAGGGGCAAAAAAACGGCAGCGGCUUCGGCACCCGCAGGGACGAAACGCAGAGGACGGCCCAAGAAAGCAGAGAAGGAGGAGCAGCCAUCUAAGUCCUCUGAGGAGGAGGAGGAAGAAGAAGAGGAGGAGGAAGAGGAACAGUAACUAGCAACUUGUGCUACCUCACAAUCCAACGUUGUUUCUUCCUGUUGACCAGAGCUGGACUGACCCUCCCCACCCCCUCAUUCCCCCUCUUUCCUUUUACACUAGUGCAACCCUCACCCUCCAAUUCACCUUUACUCUCUAGCGCCCCCUAGUGUCAGGGAGGCUUGCACACUUCAUGCGCCUUCUCUGUGUAACACCACUGGAAAAUGACUCAAAAUACUGUAUGUCCAUUCAUGGAUGCAUGCACACGUGUAUGUCUCGCACUCAAUGGGUAAUUGGUCGAUAGUGUCUGUCAUUAUACUGGACAAAGAUAUGCUCUGAUGGCGGCUUGACACAAAGCGAUUUGCAAAAUACUGAAGUUUUCUCUUCUCGCAAACAACAGUUUCAGGCCUAGAGAAUUCAAGUUUAUUUUUACAAGUCUAAAUCUAAAAUAUGGUAGGUUGUGUGAAAUUCAUGUCGUUGUGUUCUGGACAAAGGUGAAUUGACCUACUCGAUGUUUUUACUUGGGUUGUGUGUGCGUGUGGUAACUCGAUGUCUCCAGUUAUACUUUUUAGCUACUCCGUGAUUCAAGCUAGAAAUAAAGAGCUUAUUUUUUUGAGUGAGCAUAAUCUAGAGGACUUUUAACUUGUAAUCAACAUAUCAUUAAUGCAUUGUCGUGAAACAUUUUUGACUUUUUUUAUUUUUUUUUGAAUGCCCUCCUCCGACUCGCCACCAUGAUUUCACUGAUUGCCGUGAUAAAUUUACUGGCACACACAUGCUACGUAGUGAGUUUCGACUCGUUCUCCGUGCAGGUCAGCUUUACUGGUUGUGCUAAAGAGCAGUUUGCUUUUCUGGCUAUGUUCAAUUUUGUUUUUGGAGGAUGAAGAUUGGUAUUAAUUUUUCUUUUUUUAAACCACCAACUGGUCCUUGUUCCAGAAAAAGCACCGCAAAUGAUUUGACACCAGCAGUGCUUUUAAAUCGUUCAGCCCCAAAUCCGUGAACUAUACAUGCGAACAUUAAUCACUAAACUAGAAAAUGCUACGUCAUUCCUUUCCCAGCCGUGUCGCUUCUGUCCCGUUACAGUCCACUCAGACAACUUCUGCUUGAUGUGUUUUGGGAUUUAGUUUCGGUUUCUUCACUCUUUUUUGACGUGUUAAAUUCCAUGUCAGGGAACGCUGAUCGGUCCAGUGACUGGGUCUCCUCUCAGAACUUAAUGCUGCUACAAACAUGGUUAAUUAAACCCGGAAUACUGCAACCAGGUCAGUUCUACUCUGGACUUGACCGUCACGUUCAUACCUCACUUUACAACAGCCUAUGACGGAUUACUCUGCUCUCUUCUGACGAUGUUCAACUGGUCUCAGUGCAGCCUUUGGCAAGCGUGCUUUUGUUUCUUUCCAAGUGCAGUGUCUGAUUCUUUUACAGCUGCCUCCAGUGUGGGGUUUUCAUUGCUUUUUUUUUUUUUUUUUUUUUUACUGAUUUUGCUUACAGCAGUGUGCAUCAAUGAACAGAAACUAAUUUUUUUCAUAUAUAAAUGUCUGGACACACCACAGGAAUUACUGCAUUGGAUCGGAGAGAUGCAAACCAUAUUCACUGACUGUGGUAGAGCUAUUUUGUGUUUUUAGUUAGUUUUUCUAUACAUGCGUUUGGUGCACUGAAUUGACUCUUUGAUCUGUUAUAUAUCAUGGACAAAAUGAUUUAGUGUGGCACCUGAAGGUUGGGGCUUUUUCCUCCUCUUCUUCCCUCUUUGUCUUUGUAAUAAUCGACAUCCUGCUAGUUGCUUUCCCUGCGCCCCUGUUCAGUAGAUCAUGAUGGUACUAUGGCUGUUUGAUGCAGUGUUUUUAACAUGCCCCCUCCGUAUACUGAUGUCUUGUUUUUAUGUGCCCGUGCACACAACUGGUUUGGGAUCAGUCUUUUCAAUGUAUACACUCGGCAUUUUCUAUUGUGGACUGCAGGAAUUUAUAUUCAAAAUGGUAAUAAAGUUAAGGAUUCGUACAA